AUGCCUGUUGACGAUGUUGCGGAUUCGACCGACUGGCUGUCGACGCCGUUGUCGGGCCUGUCGGCGGUCGAAUCGGCACUGCGUUGCGAAGUGUGCAAAGACUUUUACAAGACGCCCAUGAUCACGUCGUGCGCACACACAUUCUGCUCAAUAUGCAUCCGGCGGGCCCUCUCCAACGACAGCAAGUGUCCGUUGUGUCGCGCGACGGACCAGGAGCUGAAGCUGCGGAGUAAUUGGUCCAUGGAGCAGACCGUCGCUGCCUUUUCGAAAACCAGAGAGGAAGCGCUUAAAUUUGCGCUCAGUGCCAGCGUCGACAAGAAGCAGCUGCCAAAGCGCAAAGCCGACGGCGGCGGCGAUGACAGCAGCUCACAGACCGAACCACGCUCGAAACGUCUACGGUCUUCGGCCAGGCUGAGUAGCCGUGCCGACACCACACCACCUACGCCGAGUGUAGACGUCGUGGAGGACUCCGAAGACGAGGACUUUGAGCCAGAUAAUAACGACGGACUAGUACCCUGUCCCAUGUGCCAACGGCGCAUGAAGGAAUGGCAAGUCUUUGCCCAUCUCGAAUCGUGCCCCGGCCCCGACGCCUCCGUCGCCGAAGCCAGCCCGCGAAAACCAGCCAACCACGACGACGCCCCUCCGCCACCGACCGGCCAGAUGCAGCGGCAGCGGCAAACGACGCUCGAGCGGCUCCCGUCCCUCAGCUACUCCAUCUUCAAAGAGGCGGCCCUGCGCAAGAAGCUGGCCGAGAUUGGCAUCUCCAACCAGGGGCCGCGGCCGCUGCUGGAGCGGCGCCACAAGGAGUGGCUGACUAUAUGGAACGCCAACUGUGACGCCGCGGCGCCGCGGCGUCGCGCCGAGCUGCUGCGCGACCUGGACGUGUGGGAGCGCACGCAGGGCGGGAAGGCGCCGCCGCCGAGCCGGGCCGCGGCGCAGGCGGCCCACGCCGUCAAGGACAAGGAAUUUGACGGCGCGGCGUGGGCGAGCAAGCACGAGGGCUCGUUCAAGGACCUAAUCGCGGAUGCACGCCGGACCAGGCUCGCGGCGCAGAGAAGGGCCGACGAUGCGGCCGCGGAGGGGGCAGAGCCGGAGGAGGCGGAAAAUAAGGCGAGGCAAGAUGGCGGGAGCGCAGAUGACGCGCAGAGCCACUGCGUGAUACCGGCGUCGCCAAAGCAGAUUUCAUCAGUUGCAUCAAUACAAGGAGAGGCUGAAGAGCCCGCGCCGCCGUUAUCAAGCCAGGCAGACGGAAUCAGGCAAGAGCAGUAUUUAUAA